GGGCGAGAAGCCGUUGAGAUGGCCUUUUGAAACGCUAGCUGGCAGCUGUAAUCUUACAAUUUACAAUCUGCAACUUUGUUCUCAGCUUUCAUGUGUUGAACGUCUUUAGCAAAGGCUUCCACAGCCUUUAUAUUAGAAAUGUGUAUAGGUUACAGGUCGUGAUUUAGUAAAUAAACACCCGCUUGCAGUGCCCAUGGCAACGCAAAAGGGACCCCCCGAUGACGACACGCCACUCCUGCAAGGUCGUCCGGAAGGCUCCUCCAGUGCUACCAGUGCUGGCGUUCCCCAGUCAGCUUAUGAGGCGCACAGGCGACGACUUGGGGCUCUUAUGCUAGCCCUAUGGGACUCAGGCGUCGCCUGCGUCUGCCUCGCAGCGCUGUCCUUCUCCUUCGCCGCCUUCUUCGUCAAACUCAUAGGCCCCUCCAUGCCCGUCUUCCAAAUCGUCGCCUUCCGCUCCCUUACCUCCUUCACCGCCUGUGCACUCUUCGCGCGCGCACGCAAAAUGGCGCCCCUCUUCGGGCGCCGCGCCAACCUCCGCCUGCUCAUCGCACGCGGCCUGUUCGGCGCUGCAGCCAUGACCACCUACUACUUUUCCAUCAAGAUGCUGCCACUAGCAGAUGCUGUCACGCUUUUCUUUCUCAACCCAGCAAUCACCGCGGUUGCAGCCUGGGUUAUCAUGAGGGAGCCGCUGGGGCUGCGAGGGGCGGCCGGAGUGCUCAUCAGCCUGUGCGGCCUGGUACUAGUCACCCGACCGCCCUUCCUGUUUGGCUCCGAAACCACCGUGUCCUCAGCCUCAGAUGCCUCCAGCGGAAUGGCCAGCAGCAGCAGCAGCACCGGCAGCAGCUCCUCUGCUCUCCAUGCCGAUAACGGUGUGGGUGUAAGCACCGCCGCAGCAGCAACCGAAGCCGAGCAGCGUCUGUUUGGCACGCUCAUGGGCCUGUCCUCCGCGCUCCUCUCGGCCGGUGCGUUCAUCUGUAUCCGCUACAUCGGCAAACGCGAGCCCCCGCUGGUGAUGUCGGUCUACUUCCACGUGUGCGCAGCGCUUACCUCCAUCGGGCCGCUGGCCGCGGGGCUGCCCACGCGUGCGAUUGCGCCCAGCGGGGCGCAGUGGUUGCUGCUGUGGGCGGUGUCAGCGGGGUCGUUUGUGGGUCAGUUGAUGAUUGGGCGGGGGUUUCAGUUGCUGCAUGCGGCGAGAGCGUCGGGCAUUAACUUUACGCAGGUUGUGUUGUCGUACAUCCAGGGCCUUCUGUUCCUCCACGAGCACCUCACCCUGCUGGGAGGCGCCGGCUCGCUCCUGAUCGCCGGGGGAGCCAUCCUGGUCAACCUGAAGUCAAAGAACCCAGCAGCUGCGGAAGCUGCAACACCUUCGGCGGCAGAAGCAAAAGCAGCGUCAGCAGCAGCAGCUGAUGAUGAUGCCGCUGGUGGGGCGGCUGCGGUGGGUGGGGGUGGAGACGCAGCAGCAACAGCAGGCAAGGCCUCAACGGGCGGGGCUGCCGAUGCUGCGAGUGCUAUGGGUACUAACCCCUCGACCGGGGCUGCUGCUGCUGUGGGACAGGUUUUAGAGCCUGACUUGGAGUGCGGCGGGGCCACCAGGAUUGCUAACGGGGUGGCGGAGGCGGGAAGUAGUAGUGGUG